AUGGCUAUUGAUCCUACUCCACCACUUUCUGACAAUGAAAUCCGAGCUGCAAUCGACAAGACUCUUAGCAAGGUGAAAGACCAGCUUCGUGAACUGAACCAAUACAUCUGGUCAAAUCCAGAGCUAGCAUAUGAGGAACACAAAGCUCAUGAUGCUAUUUGCGAUUUCCUCGAAGCUCAAGGAUUCAAAGUAACCCGCCAUGUCUAUGGGAUCGAUACAUCCUUCGAAUGCCUCAGCGGAAGCGAGGGGAGACUCAUCAACUUCAACGCAGAAUACGACGCAUUGCCUGAUAUCGGACAUGCAUGUGGUCACAACCUCAUUGCAACAAGUAGUAUCGCAGCGUUCCUGGCAUUAAGUCAUCUCCAGAAAGACUAUGGUUUGAAGGGCCGAGUUCAACUUCUGGGUACACCGGCAGAGGAGAACGGAGGAGGAAAGGCUAAGCUGAUUGAAGCGGGGGCUUACAAAGGCGUUGAUAUCUCUUUGAUGUCUCACGGUGGACCGAAAAAUAUAGUUGGAGUACCCAGUGACGGUGUCGCAGGUGUAUUAAUGAACGCUCGAAAGGAACUGUUCGUUGAAUAUUUCGGGGAAAAUGCUCAUGCAGGAGGAAAUCCGUGGGAAGGAGUUAAUGCCUUGGAUGCGCUGGUUCAGGCCUAUAAUGGGAUCUCGACUCUGAGACAGCAAAUUAUGCCCGAUGAACGAAUUCACGGGGCUUUUCUUGAUGUGCCAAAGGUGGCGAAUGUGAUUCCUGCUUAUACAAAGUCUUUCUGGCAAAUUCGAAGUCCGACUCUGGAGGGGUUGAAUAAGUUGAUUGCCCGGGUUCGAUCUUGUGUUGAGGGAGCUGCUUUGUCGACUGGGUGUACUGUGGAAAUCAAGGAGGAAGGACUUUACACGGAUAUUGUUUUGAAUGAGAUGCUCUGUGAGCGAUUUACGGGACAUAUGAGGGGAUACGGGAAGAAGCUUAUCCAAGUUCAUGAUAAGGUCUUGACUGGGUCUUCCGAUGUUGGAAAUGUGAGCUAUGUAGCACCGACACUGCAUUCUAUGUUUGCAAUUCCAACUCCCGACGGCUGCUUCCCACAUCAUCCCAGUUUUACUACCUGUGCUGGAACAGAUGAGGCGCAUGAGGAGGCUCUCAUUACAGGGAAGGGAUUGGCACUACUCGGGUGGGAUAUGAUGACUGACGACAGCCUUUUUGAAGAAGUCAAGUCCCAGUGGGAGGGAAAGGUGCCCGAUUCAUGA